CUCUCUCUCCUUGCUCUCGCGCAUCUCUUUCAUCCCUCUCGCGACUGAGAAAAAACCGCCGGCGCCAAACAGAUGGGAGAACAUCCGCGGAAUUGGCGAGCACUACCGCGCAGAGAAUAACGGUCGAAACUCAACGUUUACCGACAACAACUUCCGUCCGACCGAAACACUUGUGGACUGAGAACUUGAGGACAUUUUACGACUCAUACGACUGGAAAAGGCAGGGUGGGCCAUGCCAUUCGGCUGUUUAAAACCUGGCGAGAAGAAGGACUACACCAGUCCCACAGAAAUCUCAGAGAAAUAUGAUCUGGGGCAGAUCGUUAAAUCGGAGGAGUUCUGCGAGAUCUUCAGGGCGAAGGAUAAGAACACGCUGAAAAUGUACACCUGCAAAAAAUUCCUCAAGAAAGAUGGAAGAAAAGUGCGGAAGGCUGCAAAGAACGAGAUUCUCAUCCUAAAGAUGGUGAAACAUGUCAACAUCCUCCAGCUGGUGGACGUCUACGAGACAAGGAAAGAGUACUACCUGUUCCUUGAGCUAGCUACAGGUCGAGAGGUGUUCGACUGGAUAUUGGAUCAAGGCUAUUACUCGGAGAAAGACACCAGCAAUGUGAUCAGACAGGUGAUGGAGGCUGUGGCUUACCUGCACAGCCUGAAGAUUGUUCACAGGAACCUAAAGCUUGAGAAUCUGGUGUACUACAACCGACUGAAACAUUCGAAAAUAGUCAUCAGUGAUUUCCAUCUGGCAAAACUGGAAAAUGGACUCAUCAAGGAGCCUUGUGGAACCCCAGAGUAUCUAGCCCCAGAGGUUGUUGGGAGACAGAGAUAUGGGCGACCUGUGGAUUGCUGGGCUCUUGGUGUGAUCAUGUACAUACUGCUUUCCGGAAAUCCUCCAUUCUACGAUGAAAUGGAUGAAGAUGAUUAUGAAAACCACGAUAAGAACCUCUUCAGGAAGAUUCUUGCUGGAGACUAUGAGUUUGACUCGCCAUACUGGGAUGAUAUUUCAGAAUCCGCAAAAAAUUUAGUGUCACGGCUGAUGGAGGUGGACCAAGACCAGAGAUUAACUGCUCAAGAGGCCAUCAACCAUGAAUGGAUUUCCGGAAACGCUGCCUCUGACAAGAACAUCAAAGAAAAUGUGUGCGCUCAAAUCGAGAAGAACUUUGCUAAAGCGAAGUGGAAGAAAGCCGUACGAGUCACGACCAUGAUGAAGCGUUUGAGGGCUCCGGAACAUCAGACUGCAACAGCGGCCGCACCAGCUUCCGCAAACCCUGCACCAAGCACCCAGGAAAACCCUCAAUCUCCACCGGAGGCCUCCGUAGCCCCUACAGCCGAGAGCAAGGCCCCUGCCGCGGAGAUUCUUAGCACCCAACCUGAACCGGCGACUGAUACCCCUGAACCACCAGCUGACCCCAUUCCGCAGAUCCCGAUUGCCGAACAGCUCGAUCCCACAUCCAGAUGCAACGGAGAAGCUUCAGCUGGCCCGGCGUCAGACACUGGCGAGGAACCAAGCGGUUAAUAAGGCUUUCUCUCACAUCCUGCACACUGUACAUAAGCAGCUAGCAUGCUAAUACUGAUCUGCAGCACAUAGCCUCGCACACUUUUAAGAGUUGACUAACAACACCGGGAGCUCAGCAAACAUCUGUUUGUUUUCUAUACUAAGGUGUGUGACUUUGUAAAUGUUGCAUAAAAUGAAGUAAAAAGCUGUUUUCUGCUUACAUUAAGCCAAGAUUGGACUUAGCACAGAUCUGCUUAUUCAUGUAUGUUUUAGGAUAGAUCAUAGCAGACAUCUAUACAGUUUAUUUAAUAGAAGUUUAGUCUAGCUUAGUUGUUAUUUUUAGUUAAGUAGUGAUGCGCCCAAAUUUUUGGCUGCUAAAAAUGUCACUAUCCAUGCACAUUUAUUUAUUCUCCCAUGUUUUUUUUUGUGAAGUGUAAAGUUUCUGUAAAUAGCUUACUAACCUAGACUAGACAAAGCCAAGACCAGCAUGCUUUUUUUAAAUCUUGCGUUCAAGCCAUGCACACAUGCGUCUAUAGUUUAGCUUCACUAGGAUAUUUGACGGCGUUGACGAACCCACUGUUGGUUUAACACGGUUUAUAUGUUAAAUACUAUUGCAGCAUUCUGCAGCAACAAAAGGAGGAUUUUAUCUUCAAGUACUAAUGGCGGUGUAAUGGUUGAGACAUGUGGCCCAAUAAAUGGAGCAGAGUAGGUAAAUGUACCACAAACCUCAAAACUGCUUGGUAGCUAUAGCCACAUGAACAGUGGAAAAAAACAGUGACGUGAUCUUAUACUGUAUUAUAAAAUCAUUUGCAUACACUGUACAUGUUAUGCAUAAUAAACCUGUUCAUCGUAAAGUACAGAUCCACACACAUACAAUAGUAAUGUUUUGGAUACCUUGCUUUCUUAAAUUCUUAAUUUCUUAAAUUUAUCUAAAAUACAGAGAGGCCAUUUUAUACCUGCUUUAAAACAUCUGUUGAUUUGAAUAUAUACUCAUAUUCAUUAUAUGGUGGUUUUACUCUUUAAACUUUCUUUAAAAAAGCCAUGAUGUGUUCUAAGAUAUAUCAAAUAUAUUGUUUUAAAAAACUGAAUUAUGUAUUAUCAUAGUCUAUAUCACAUUCAAACACGAAGCAUGUAAAUGCAUAUCAUUUAUAUUUAAUAAUUUUUUCGCUCUCACUUUAAGAAAAUCACUUAACGUAUAUAAAAAAUAAGUGACAGAAUAUUUUGGAAUGUAAAUUUCCCUGCAGUUUACUUAACAAGCAUUGUAUGCUGAUUUACACAUUUACUGGUGUGUAGGACAUGUAAGAAGGCGAUUAUAUCCUAACAAUUUUAACACUAAUAACUAUAAUAAUAUUAAUCAUUUGAAUACACCCCCUAAUUUUUAUAAACCUUUAAAACACAUUCUUCAUAAUUAUCAUUUGUUUUGAAUUGUGUGAAAUAUACGUAUAAUAUUACUUUUAAUAAUAGUUUACUGAAUAGAUAUGUCGUUUCUUCAACAACCAACAUUUUCACGAUUCUAUACAGAUGUUUUAUGUACUUUCUCAUUUACUGUAAGUAAUUCUACCACUGUACACACAUCUGUUACUCACAAUUGUAAUUUAUCUACUAACUGGUUUACUCGAGAGCUGUUUAAAAAAUGAAAUCUAAUUUCUUGCUUUCAGACUUUAUAUAUGAAAAGUAUUUUUUUGGUUAUACAAAUAUCUCAUUUUGAUUUACGCACAAGAGAAAGACAGGUAGGAUUUUAGGAGCUUUGAGAAACGGAUGCCCUCUCAUGAGCAAUAGUCUACAACUGCGAUACUGUGAUGCUGUUUUCAAUGUGUUAACACGCGAUCUUUGAUUGGUGUGUCUGUUGAAGUGGCCCACUGGCAAUAGUGAUGUCAUAGAGGAAGGCAAGCAUUGGUUUAAGCCCUGUUUAUCAUGCCUUUCACUAGUUAUCACACCAACUUAAAAUCCUUGCUUAUAAUUAGUGUCUUCAUAAAGAAUGUUUUUGAUGUAGCCUGUCACAAAAAAAAUGACAUUACGGGUUUCCCCUCAAGUGGCCAACAAUUUGUAAUUGUAGUGCAGUUGCUUCAAAAUCAUGAAGGCCUUGAUAUGCAAUUAUGGUCUGUCAGCGGUCUAUUGAUUUCAGGAGGAUACAAGGCAACGGUUUGUGUUUGUGCUGUCACAGGUUUCUGCUAAAGUCGGCUUUGAUUAAAUAUUCUUUAGAUCUUGGAUUGCGUCGUGUCAUUUUGUGUGUUUUUUUCUUAUAAAAUAUUUCACUUGUUAAAUCGUUCUCACGCUUUUGUUCUAUCUAAUCUAAGACUUUUGAGAUGUGAUUCGUUAUUCUGUUUUUGCUUUUCACACUUAACUACUAAAAGCUAAAAGACCUCAAAUAAAAAACAGUGAUAAGCAAUGUUAUAUUGUAUGUAGGUCUAAAGAACUUAUUUAUAGCAUCCGUGUGUACUUAAACCGCAACUAGAUACUGUGAACCACGAUUUAAAGCAAUUUUUUUAAUAGUGCUUCACAAUUGCCUUUGGUGUUCUGGUGGUCUGUUGGUUUUCUCCUUAUUUCUCUGAUGUUCUUCUCAGUGUGAUUGAACGUGAAUACAGUGAGGACUGUCCUCCUUCCACCUCUGUAUUCUUCAACUGACUGUCAUGCUUUAAAGAAAAUAAACACAUUCUGAAUGAU